AAAAUAAUAUAAUUGAUAAAGAUCGUGAAGAAUUAUUAUUAAAUAGAAAGUGGCAAAAAGUCUUACAAGAUAAUUCAAAUACAGUAGAUUAUGAGUUAUAUGUAGAUGUAAAAGCUGAAGGUAGUAAAAGUAAAUCAAAAUGA